GCGUUGAGCUAAACCCUCAGGGGUUGGCCUGGUGGCAAUUGACUUGAGCCUUGGGGUGCUCCCCUUCAAGGUCUCAAGUUCGAAACCCGCUGGGUGCAAACAAUUUCUGGGGGCCAUCGGACUGGGGAAACCCUGAAUUAACCGUGGUGCACUUGCGGGAAACUCCUUGCCGAGGGCCUGUGCACCCCCGGGAUUAGUCGGGGCUCAAAGAGACUCGGACACCCGGUGCUAGUCAAAAAAAAAAAAAAAAAAAAAAAAAAAAAAAUGCGUUGAGCUAAUAUAUAGGCAAUGCAUGUGCACUUUUUCAUACAAUGUGUAUAAAAAUUUGAGCAAUUUUUUUUUUUAGUUUGUCGGAUUAGGAAGUAGCGUAAGAUGGCAGAAGGUGAGGAUAUUCAACCACUCGUCUGUGACAAUGGGACAGGAAUGGUCAAGGCUGGUUUUGCGGGAGAUGAUGCUCCACGAGCUGUAUUCCCUAGUAUUGUUGGCCGUCCCCGCCAUACUGGUGUGAUGGUGGGUAUGGGUCAGAAAGAUGCCUAUGUAGGAGACGAAGCUCAAUCAAAGCGAGGUAUCUUAACCUUGAAGUAUCCAAUUGAGCAUGGUAUUGUCAGCAACUGGGAUGAUAUGGAGAAGAUAUGGCAUCAUACUUUCUACAACGAGCUUCGUGUAGCCCCAGAGGAGCAUCCUGUCCUCCUAACUGAAGCACCUCUUAACCCUAAAGCUAAUCGUGAAAAAAUGACACAGAUUAUGUUUGAGACCUUUAAUACCCCAGCUAUGUAUGUUGCCAUACAGGCUGUUCUCUCGCUGUAUGCCAGUGGUCGUACCACAGGUAUUGUGUUGGACUCUGGUGAUGGUGUCAGCCAUACUGUCCCAAUUUAUGAGGGGUAUGCCCUCCCACAUGCCAUUCUUCGUCUCGACUUGGCAGGUCGUGACCUCACUGAUGCUUUGAUGAAGAUCCUCACAGAGCGUGGUUACUCAUUCACCACCACAGCUGAGCGGGAAAUUGUCAGGGACGUGAAAGAAAAACUCUCUUACAUAGCCUUAGACUAUGAGCAGGAACUAGAGACUUCAAAGACCAGCUCUUCUGUAGAGAAGAGCUAUGAGCUUCCCGAUGGGCAAGUGAUUACCAUUGGUGCUGAACGAUUCCGUUGCCCUGAGGUCCUAUUCCAACCUUCAAUGGUCGGAAUGGAAGCUGCUGGAAUCCACGAGACCACAUACAACUCUAUCAUGAAGUGUGACGUGGAUAUUAGAAAGGACCUAUAUGGAAACAUAGUGCUCAGUGGUGGUUCUACCAUGUUCCCGGGAAUUGCUGAUAGAAUGAGCAAAGAAAUUACAGCAUUGGCUCCAAGCAGCAUGAAGAUUAAGGUAGUGGCACCACCAGAGAGGAAAUAUAGUGUCUGGAUAGGAGGCUCUAUCUUGGCUUCCCUCAGCACCUUCCAGCAGAUGUGGAUUGCAAAGGCAGAGUACGACGAAUCAGGUCCUUCCAUUGUCCACAGAAAGUGCUUCUGAUUUUCCGAGGACAACAACAUUGAUAAGAGGAAAGUGCCUCAUUCUACUGGAACAGAAUGCAGCUUAUGGUGUUAUAUUCUGUCUUUAUUUUCUGUAUUUGUUCUCAUUUUGGAUUGAAGACCUUGAGAAGGCAAAGAGUUGAUUGUUGAAUGAUCUUAUUCUUUUAUUUUUAUUAUUAUUCACUUAGAAA